GGGAGGUUUCAGAGGUGAAGAUAAAUAGCGAGGCUCCACGUCGACCCAGCCUUAGUCCGACAAAGCAAAACCAUGGAGUGCAAAGGUGUUUACGUUCUGAUGCUCGUGCUGAUGCUGGUCAACUGCUCGUUUCAGCAGACUCCGCCAAAGAGGAAGCCAGUAAAGAAAGAUAAUGCUGCCAUUGAGGAACUCCAGAAACAAAUUAAUGACAUUGUACAGGAUCUCAACCUGCUGAAGGAAGAACAGGCCUUGCAGAGAGUGUGUUUAAAAGGCACAAAAUUCAACGGCAAGUGUUUCUUGGCCGACUCGGCGAAGAAGUCGUACCACACGGCCAGCGAGGACUGCAACGCCCUAGGCGGCGUCCUGGGCGUCCCGACCUCGGCCGACGAGAACGACCUGUUGAAAGACUACCUCCGCCUCAGCGUGGGCAGGGACGAGCAAGUGUGGCUUGGCAUCAACGACAUGGUGACCGAGGACACUUGGGCGGACCAGACCGGCGGCGGAAUCCAGUUCAAGAACUGGGACACGUCCAACAGCCGCGCCCGGCAGCCGGACGGAGGCCGCUCCCAGAACUGCGCCGUGCUGGCGGUGGCCGGCCAAGGGAAAUGGUCGGAUGAGAACUGCCGUGACGAGAAGGCCUCGGUCUGCCAGUUCAAUGUUGUGUGAUCACGUGUAUGCAAAUGGCUGCUUUCUGUGUACUUCUGCUGCAAUGCCACUUUAUUAUUGUAAAGACGCCUGGUUUAGCAAUUGGGCCCGUUCUGAAUUUGAUCUUUGGAGUCAGCUGCAUAGCCAUAAAUUCCAUCCUUUUGUGUUUAAAACAAAAACCAGAAGAAUUGCAUUCUUGAAAAAAUAAAAAAUGAUAGCUACAUCCAUUGUCAUUUCAAAAUAAUACCACUAGUAAGAAACUCACAUUGUGUAAACCUACAAAAUGUAAUGUGGGUGUAAGAACUAAAUUUAUGUAACCUAAUGAAAUUCCUAAAGUGUGUCUAAAGUUCAUAAGGUGCCUGUUUUAUGCUGCAUUCUGUUUUUUCACUGACAAGUCUCACAUUGAGCCUGAAGAAUAUUCUUGUUUUGCUAAUUUCCAGAUGUUCGAAGUUCAGCUAACGUCUAACCUGAUGUAACCUCUGAACAAACUAAAUAAACUGUAAAAGUGCA